AUUAUCCAAAACAAAGUUAAGAGAAAUAAAUUUUUGGAAAAAGAAUCGUUAAUGACUAGGAUUAGUGAAGCAUGUGAUAGUUUGUAUUCGAGUGAUUCAAAAGGCUUUGUUUCUCAUUCUGUCAAAGGCUUUGAUAAAUGUUUAAAUAAG